GAUGGCGGGUGAGGGAGGAUUGGGGUGUCUGUCUCUCUCGGCGGUAGUCUCGCGAGGCGGGAUUUGGCGGCGGCUGGGGCUGCUGCCUGCUUGCCUGCCUCUCUCCCUCCCAACGAGAAGCUGGUGGUGUUUGUGUGGAAGGGGGAGGCGGCGUCGGCGAAGGAGGAGGGGAAGGAGGAAGAGAAGGGAGAGGAGCCUGAGCCCCGCCGGCGUCGGGCAGAGGAGCGGACCCGAGGCGGAGGCCCACCGCUAGGCUUUGGCCCGCCGCUGCCGCCGCCGCCUUCGGCGGCUCCCCGCUGCCCCGCCAUGGCCUCGGGUGAUACCUUGUACAUCGCCACGGACGGCUCGGAGAUGCCGACCGAGAUCGUGGAGCUGCACGAGAUCGAGGUGGAGACCAUCCCGGUGGAGACCAUCGAGACCACCGUGGUGGGCGGCGAGGAGGACGACGACGAGGAGGAGGACGACGAGUGCUGCGAGGACUGCGGCCCUCACCACCCGCCUCACCGCCGCCACCACCACCACCAUCACCACCACCACCACCACCCGCCCAUGAUCGCCCUGCAGCCGCUCGUCACCGACGGCGACCCCAGCGGCGGCGGUGUCGGGGCCGCCGGCGGCCAGCUCCACCUGCACCACCACCCGCACCACCAGGAGGUGAUCUUGGUGCAGACCCGCGAGGAGGUGGUGGGCGGCGACGACUCGGACGGUUUGCGGGCGGACGACGGCUUCGAGGACCAGAUCCUCAUCCCGGUGCCGGCUCCGGCCGGCGAGGACGAGUACAUAGAGCAGACGCUGGUCACCGUCGCGGCCGCCGGCAGCAAGGGCGGCUCCGGCGGAGGCUCUUCUUCGGGCGGCGGCCGGGUGAAGAAAGGCGGCGGUAGUAGCGGCAAGAAGAGCAGUAAGAAGAGUUAUCUGACGGCAGGCGGCGGCGGGGCCGAAGGGGGCGGCGGCGCCAGGAAAUGGGAGCAGAAGCAGGUGCAGAUCAAGACCCUGGAGGGGGAGUUCUCGGUCACCAUGUGGGCUUCGGAUGACAAAAAAGACAUUGACCAUGAGACUGUGGUGGAAGAGCAGAUCAUCGGCGAGAACUCCCCUCCUGACUACUCUGAAUACAUGACGGGAAAGAAACUGCCUCCUGGAGGAAUACCUGGCAUAGAUCUCUCAGACCCUAAACAGCUGGCUGAAUUUGCAAGAAUGAAGCCAAGAAAAAUCAAAGAAGAUGAUGCUCCAAGAACGAUAGCAUGUCCCCACAAAGGCUGCACAAAGAUGUUCAGGGACAACUCAGCCAUGAGGAAGCAUCUGCACACUCACGGGCCUCGAGUACAUGUUUGUGCAGAAUGUGGCAAGGCUUUUGUGGAGAGCUCAAAGCUAAAACGGCACCAACUAGUUCAUACUGGAGAGAAACCCUUUCAGGCCAGGCCUCAGAGAUUAUGUAGGUGUGGAAUGUCUUUCACUGAUAAGUCAUACUGUCUAGUUUGCCAGAUCAAGAUGUACAAACUGGACAACAUCAUAAACAAAUUUGCACGUUUGAAGGUUGCGGAAAACGCUUUUCACUGGACUUCAAUUUACGCACACAUGUGCGAAUUCAUACUGGAGACAGGCCCUAUGUGUGCCCUUUCGAUGGCUGUAAUAAGAAGUUUGCUCAGUCCACUAACCUGAAAUCUCACAUCUUAACACACGCUAAGGCCAAAAACAACCAGUGAAACUCUGCGAGAAGAAAGCUCUUGAACUCAAAGCAUCUUACCUUACAGGAGAAUGGUUGAAACUAAAUAAGCCUCCCCCUUUGUAUAUUGUUUCUAGGAAAGAAUUUAAAAAAACAAAAAAAGAACCCUCCACACCUAAAGGACUUGUUUUUGAUAACGUAGCAAAAUAAACUUUAAGGCAGCAUUGCUGCAAUGCUCAAUUUUGCUCUGUAAUUUGGUUUCAAGAGCAUGGUGUUUUUGUAAAGCGUGGCCCCACCUGGAGGAGGCAGACUGUUCAUGGACUUGCAUCAAAGACAGUUCUUUCUACAACAGUGCUAAAAUUGGACUUUUCACAUUGUUAUAAAUAUGAAGCUCACCUGUUGCUUACAAUUUUUUAAUUUUGUAUUUUCCAAGUGUGCAUAUUGUACACUUUUUGGGGAUAUGCUUAGUAAUGCUAUGUGUGAUUUUUUUCUGGAGGUUGAUAACUUUGCUUGCAGUAGAUUUUCUUUAAAAGAAUGGGCAGUUACAUGCAUACUUCAAAAGUAUUUUCCUGUAAAGAGAAAAAAAGUUAUAUAGGUUUCGUUUGCUAUCUUAAUUUUUUUUUUGGUUGUAUUCUUUGAUGUUAACACAUUUUGUAUAAUUGUAUCGUAUAGCUGUAAUGAAAUCAUGUAGUAACAAAUAUUAGAUGUGAUUUAAUAGUGUUAAUCAACUUAAACCCAUUUUAGUCACUUUUUUUGGGAAAAAUACUGCCAGAUGCUGAUGUUCCGUGUACCUUCUCUUUGCCUGUUCAGUUAAGGAAAGUGGUGCUCAGUUGUAGAAUGUAAUGUACAGGCACUGACCUUUUAACAACACCUGAUAUGUACAUCCCGUGUAAUAGAGUGGGCAACAAUAAAACAGUGGUCCUGAAGAAAGAAUAUGGCAGAAAAUUAUCUGUAAGCACAGCCUAUUUUCUUCUGUUGUCCAGAACAAAUUAUAGUUCUUUAACCUCCCAGAAAUUGGAAGAUAAAUAAAACUCGAGUUACCUUUCCUUUUCC